CCGAGCUGCUGAAAGGUCUGGCCGCAGAGACAGGAACGCAUAAUCCUCAGCGUGCUCCAUCCCGACAGCAUCCUUCCACCGCUCGGCAGGGCAGCAAGCCUCUAGGCAGCAGCCCCUCUGCUCCGCGGAAAAGCCUGAUGAAGUCCUCCGAUAUCGAUCAGGAUUUAUUUACAGACAGUUACUGCAAGGUGUGCAGUGCACAACUGAUAUCCGAAUCUCAGCGCGUGGCCCAUUACGAGAGUCGAAAACAUGCAAGCAAAGUCCGACUGUAUUACAUGCUUCACCCCAGGGACGGUGGGUGUCCUGCCAAGAGGCUCCGGUCAGAAAAUGGAAGUGAUGAUGAUAUGGUGGAUAAGAAUAAGUGCUGCACACUGUGUAACAUGUCUUUUACCUCAGCGGUGGUGGCUGACUCCCAUUAUCAAGGCAAAAUCCACGCCAAAAGGUUAAAACUGUUGCUAGGAGAGAAAACACCAUUGAAGACUACAGCAACACCCCUGAGCUCACUCAAGCCCCCACGGGUGGAAGCUGCUCCGGUGGUUGCAUCUCCCUAUCAAAGAAGAGAUUCAGACAGAUACUGUGGGCUCUGUGCGGCCUGGUUUAAUAACCCUCUGAUGGCCCAGCAGCAUUAUGAUGGCAAGAAACACAAAAAGAAUGCAGCAAGGGUUGCUUUACUAGAACAACUUGGGACCACCCUGGAUAUGGGGGAGCUAAGAGGUCUGAGGCGCAAUUACAGAUGUACCAUCUGCAGUGUCUCCCUAAAUUCAAUAGAACAGUAUCAUGCCCACCUGAAAGGAUCUAAACACCAGACCAAGUAGGUACUUUCAUACUUUCACUUUUUUAUCCUUUUCUAAGGAAGUUUUUACAAGAUGACUAAAGGCUAAACAUGUUAUUUACUUCAAGAUAAGCAGAUGGAAAUUGUAUCUCUUCAUCUCCAAAGUUCCCUUGAUGUUUGUGCUACUUAAGUUUCCAAAAUCUCCUUGUAUUACUUGAAGAAUAACUUCUUCUCCCCCCCACACCUUUU